GGCACUCAGUGCGCAGGUGCGAAGGAGCUGGCUGGGGCCAGGGCCGGGGGCGGGCUUGAAGACGCGUCGUUUGGUUUUGAACACAGUGACAGAGCUGUCUGUCUGGAUUCAACCGCUGGGCGAAAAGUCUUUGUCAGGGGCCCGGCCGGCAACGAGGCCCGCGAGAUUCCCGAUGGUGUCCAUGACUUUCAAGCGGAGCCGCAGCGACCGGUUCUACAGCACCCGGUGCUGCGGCUGUUGCCAUGUCCGCACCGGGACGAUCAUCCUGGGGACCUGGUACAUGGUGGUGAACCUAUUGAUGGCAAUUUUGCUUACUGUGGAGGUAACUCAUCCAAACUCAAUGCCAGCUGUCAACAUUCAGUAUGAAGUCAUUGGCAAUUACUACUCAUCUGAGAGAAUGGCUGAUAAUGCCUGUGUUCUUUUUGCUGUCUCUGUUCUUAUGUUUAUAAUCAGUUCAAUGCUGGUAUAUGGAGCAAUUUCUUAUCAAGUGGGCUGGCUUAUUCCGUUCUUCUGUUACCGGCUUUUUGACUUCGUUCUCAGCUGCCUGGUUGCUAUCAGUUCUCUCACUUAUUUACCAAGAAUCAAAGAAUACCUGGAUCAAUUACCUGAUUUUCCUUAUAAAGAUGACCUCCUGGCUUUGGACUCCAGCUGCCUCCUGUUUAUCGUUCUUCUGUUCUUUGUCUUAUUCAUCAUUUUUAAGGCUUACCUAAUCAACUGUGUUUGGAACUGCUAUAAAUAUAUUAACAACAGAAAUACGCCAGAGAUUGCUGUGUAUCCUGCCUUCGAAGCACCUCCACAGUAUGUUUUGCCAACCUAUGAAAUGGCAGUGAAGAUGCCUGAGAAAGAACCGCCGCCUCCUUACAUACCUGCCUGAAGAAAGUCUGCCUUUGUCAAUAAAUCCUAUACCAGCUUUUUGUCUUGUUUAUUUUACACAAUGCUGCAAUACAGGGCUCUUCAAACUUGUUUGAUAUAAACUCCAUUUUCCUUUGUUUAAGCAUUUAUUUUCAAACACUAACAAGCUUUGUGGACAUCUAUUAAAAGUCAGGUUUUUUUUGUUGUUGUUAAGUCUAUUAUAUUUUAGUAGUUUUUGAGGACAAUCUAGGUUAAGCAAGAGCAAAGUGCCAUUGUUUGCCUUUAAUUGGGUUGGGGGGUGGGAUCAGGGUAUUCUCUACACUUUUUUUUUUUUUAACUUUGCACUUUCUUUAUAUAAUAGUUUGCAUUUCGGUUAUUUGCUUCCCUGAGGACUUUGAGGAAGGAUGAAUUAAAUAUUCAGGGUGAGUGAGUUGGGUAUAAGACCUGAAGUGUUCAGCUGUGAAAACAGGAAAAAUAUAUAACAUUUUAAUUUGACUGUGGAAGAUGACUGUUGCAUGUUUCUAAUUUGUAUGUGUUUUCAUCUUUGUGAUAAGAGCUUUAAUAAAUCUCUUAAAAUUUA